AUGCAAAAUGCUGCAACGAUCAGCACUCAUGCAAAAACGAAGCCAAUUGCCCAACAAAAUACAGUUACAGAAUGGUAUGAAUGGCACGAUUGGAAGAGCGAAUGCAAAAGAAGCGAAAGACGGCAGAAUGCCAGCCCGGCAGGCGCUUGCGCCGAACCAAGUCAGCCCAGCAGCAGCGGAAACCCAAGCCUUGUGGUGCCCAAAUUAAUCCAGAAGUCGCCGCGAGUCAAAUCAACCGCGUCCUGUGAGGGAACCCGAGAGGCACUGAUCCGGCUAAACAACGGACGGUGUAGUGUUGAAAGCUCGCCCGAGCGAGUCACCGGUUCGAUGCGAUAUCAGAAAUAUCACAUUGGCAUGCUUAUUUAG